UUUGAUUAUACUUAACCCUCCUCAUUACCUUCUGCGGUGGUUUGAAUGAGAAAUGUUCUCCACCAUCUUGGGCAUUCGAACAGUUGAUGGCACUGUUUGGGGAGGUUUAAGAGUUGCAGCUUUGCUGGAGGAACUAUGUCAUUGGGAGUAAGAAGCCUCGCUUACCUGCAGUUUGAUCGCUCUGCUUUAAGACAUGAUCUCUUAGCUUCUUGAUCCAGGUGCCUCGCCUCACUGCUAUCCUUGCCGUCAUAGACUAUUAGCCUUCUGGAAUCCUCAGGCCAAAUAAACUCCUCUGUAAGCUGCUGUGGUCAACCGGUAUCAUCAUUAUUAUGAUGAAUAAAUAUACUGUCUCUCCACCCUUACCCACUCUCACUGACCCCUUCCCCACAACUUCCUAACUAGCCUCUCUUCUAUUUCAUGCUCCUCUUACUCCUGUGACCCAGUGAGUUUCACUAGCAUCUGUAGAAAGAAUGUCUUAUGUCUGCAUGGAUGUGGCAGGCUAAGCACCAGGAUCCCUUUCUCUCCAUUUCCUAACCGUGGGUGCAGUGUGGCCAGGCACUGCUUGCUCUGCCACCAUGCCUUCUCCCAAGGAGACAGACUGCAUCCCCUUGGAAUUUCAAGCCAAAAUAAACCCUUCCUGGAGUUGCUUUUGUCAGGGUAUUUUUGUUGCAGCAAUAAGACACUCAAUUUGGUCUCAUUAAAUCGAUUAGUAAUGAUAAGUAAGAAUAAAACCUUAGCUGCCUCUUAUUAAGCUUUCCUCACUUCAGAACAAGAGGUUGAAGCUAGGAAAAAUAAGUAAAUUGCUGAAGGUCACAAAGCUCUGAAUACAGGAAGGUUCCCAAGCCUGAUUUGUCGACUGGAAAAUGCCCCUUUUCUCUCUAUAUAUGUGUGGUGGUUUGAAUAGGAAUGGCCCCCAUAGACUCCUGUUUGGAUCCUUGGUCCAUAGAGAGCUGCACUAGUAGGAGGUGUGGCCUACUUGAAGAAACUAUGUCUGUCGCUGUGGCUUUGAGUUCUCAUACACUCAAGCUACAGCCAGUGUAAUACACAGCUCCUUCUGCUGCCUGUAGAUCAAGAUGUAGAACUCUUGGCUCUUCUAGCACCAUGUCUCCCUGCACACUGCCAAACCUCCUGCCAUGAAGAUAAUGAACUGAACCUCUGAAACUGUAAACUGUCCCCGAUUAAGUGUUUUCCUUAAUAAGAGUUGCCUUGGUCAUGAUGUCGUUUCAUAGCAAUAAAACCCCAACUAAGACACUACCCUACCGAAUCCUUAACUUUUAAAAUUUGAUGAUUGUGUGUGUGUGUGUGUGUGUGUGUGUGUGUGUGUGUGUGUGUGUGCGCGCGCGCGCGCGCGCACGUGUUAUGGCACAUGUGGUGGUCAGAGGACAACUUUCAGGAGCAGUUUUUCUCCUUCUACUGUAGGUUCUGGGGUUUGAACUCAGGUCAUCAGGCUUGGCAGUGAGCUCCUUUAACUUCUGAGCCACCUUACCAGCUUGAAUGUGUCCCUUUAAACACACUUUCAAUGGCUGGCUGGUUAUCUUCCAAAUAAUAUCAUUUUAUUUAGUAUUACUGUGUUUUAAGUGUAUGUGAAGGUAUGUGUGCAUGUGUGCCAUGGGGCAUGUGUUCAGGUCAGAGGACAACUUUGGGAAGGUGGGUCUCUCCUUCAACUGUAUCUUCUGGGGCAUGAAGUCAGUUCAUCCUGCUUGCAUGGCAAACACUUUUAACCUUGAGCCAUCUCAGUGAUAACCAGUAAUAAAUUCUUGACACUUUCCAUCAUUUUUCUUAUGGCAUCUGAUUUUUGUUGUGUUUUUGUGAUGAGGUCAUCUAGCCUUGGCUAGCUUGGAGCUCCCUAUGUAGACCAGAAUGGCCUAGAGAUUCCCCAGCCUCUGUCUUAUGAGUGCUGGGACUUAACUACCCUGCCUGGUGGUUCAGAUGUUUUUGUCUGUUGUUUUUGAGUUUUGAAACAAUGUUUCUCUGUGUAGCCUUGACUGUCCUGGAACUCAUUCUACAGUCUAGGCUGAUCUCGAACUCAAGAGAACCUCCCUUUGCCUCCUGAAUGCUGGGAUUAAAGGUAUGAUGCCAGCACUACCUGGCUCAUGUCGGUUUUUAACCUGAUGGACUGGGAUCAUCUUGGCCUCCCUUAUUUACUUCCUUAUAUAUUUAUUUUACAGGAAGGGAGUGGGAAACCACCCUCUCUAAAAACAAUUAUUCCUCUUACUAUUUCAACUUUCAGUUGAAACCAACAGCCAGUCCUCAGCAGUCUUACGGCAUCCCUUAGAGAGCUCCCACAUCAGUUUCAAGUGCAUGGAUGCGAGUCUAUGAAUGAGUUUUCAUUUUAAAACAGUUUCAGGUCAUUGUAAGCUUUGGCAAAGAAAACAUCACACCGUGCGGUGCUGAGUUAGCCAGCCUCUCCCAGGAGUAUGCCAGGCAGGCUGUUCCUGCGGAUAGAAGUCUCAAGCGCCACUUAGCACAAAUGAAGUAUUUAACCAACGGGAGGCAAAUUACCUCAAAUUAUCUAAGGUGGUCUCCAAGCCCAAACAAAUGAGAUGCUGCAUCUGUUGCUGCCAGGAUCUGGUUUCUGGUCCUGGACUAUCUAUCUGCACAAUUGAGCCACCAUAGACCAAGCUGGAUUCAGACUUUGCCAUCUCAAGGCUGUGCCACCAUUGGGCAAGCAUCCUGCUCGCUUCUGCAUGACGGGAUCACUGGGUUGUGGUAACGGCUUAAUGAAAUUCUGCGCACAAAUAUCUCAUCACAGAACCCACAGCAGCAGGUGAGGAAAGGAGUUUUGGCGGGAAGGAAGGGGGCGGGCUCAGGGUGGAGGAAGGGGUGGGUGCAAGUUCCAUGCUUGGUCCCGCAGGGACACAGAAUUGCUAACACAACCUUUCUGGUCUCCUCCGGGAAACCGUGCUUUCCCCUAAGCAAUCUAGGGCUUGCACAUUAUGAGCAAACUGCUUUGGGACACGGGAGUCUGGAUGCUUUCCGACUUUCUCGGGACACGCCCUACUCCACUUCGCCCCGCCCCGGAAGUUGACUCCAGCGGGUUUUGGCGCGCUUUCCGAGUCCCGGGAGUUCGGGUCGAUGACACGCCUUUCUCCGUGCUGCGGGAUGCCCGGACCGACCGCUCCACGGAGGACCCGCGAGGAAGUGGACGCGACGCUGCAGGUCGCCAAGCUAAAUGCCGCCGAGUUGCUGCCCACUGUGCACUGCCUGAGCUUCGGCUCCGGGACCAGCGGCGCGGCCACCGGCGACUUCUGCCUGCUGGAGCUGGAGCCAGCACUGUGCCAGCAGCUGGAGGCCGGGGACAGUUUUGUGAUUCGAGGAGAUAAGGAUGAACAGGCUGUGUUGUGCAGUAAAGACAAAACCUACGACUUGAAGAUCGCAGACACAUCCAACAUGCUGCUUUUCAUCCCUGGUUGCAAAACUCCAGACCAGCUGAAGGGGGAGGAAACACAGAGUAACAUCGUUCACACAGAGAUCUUUGGUUUCUCUAAUAAUUAUUGGGAAUUAAGAAGAUGCAGACCUAAGUUAAAAAAGUUAAAGAAACUUCUAAUGGAAAAUACCUACGAAGGCCCUGACAGUCAGAAAGAGGAGGAUCCAAGCCGCUCAAAAUAUACAACUGAAGAUUUGCUUAAUCAAAUUCAGGCAAGUGAGGAAGAGAUAAUGGCCCAGCUACAAGUCUUAAAUGCCUGUGAGAUUGGAGGUUACUGGAGGAUUCUUGAAUUUGAUUAUGAGAUCAAACUUCUGAAUCAUGUAACUCAGCUUGUGGAUUCUGAAUCUUGGUCUUUUAAUAAAGUCCCCUUGAAUGUAUGCCUGCAGGAACUUGGACCUUUAGAGCCAGAGGAAAUGAUUGAGCACUGUCUUAAAUGCUAUGGAAAGAAGUACGUGGACAAAGGUGAAGUCUAUUUUGAAUUGAAUGCUGACAAAGUAUGUAGAGCGACCGCGGAGAUGCUGCUGCAGAAUGCCGUGAAGUUUAACCUCGCUGAGUUUCAGGAAGUGUGGCAGCAGAGUGUUCCCGAGGGGAUGACAACUCGGCUGGAUCAGCUCAAGGGUUUAGCACUGGUGGAUAGAAGCUCAAGACCAGAAAUCAUAUUUUUGUUCAAAGUAGAUGCUUUGCCCGAGGGAACACAGGAUCGUUUUAACAGUCUAUUCUCUCUAAGAGAAAAGUGGACGGAAGAAGACAUUGCUCCAUAUAUCCAGUUCCUCCUCUUUUUGUCCUCGGGUGUAUUUGUGUGUAUCUGUGAGUGAGUAUGGGUACCUG